GUUUUUCUCGUUCUCUCACUACUUCACAAGAGUCGUUCAGAGCUGUUCUUAAGAAACCAAGACAGGUAGUUCGGAUCGGUGCUACGCUUGCAAACUUGAAUCAUGGCGAGGGGUUUGAAGAAGCAUUUGAAGAGGCUUAAUGCCCCUAAGCAUUGGAUGCUUGACAAACUUGGUGGUGCAUUUGCCCCAAAACCAUCAUCUGGACCUCAUAAGUCCAGGGAGUGCCUUCCCCUCGUUCUUAUCAUCAGGAACAGGUUGAAGUAUGCUCUUACCUACCGUGAAGUGAUCUCUAUUUUGAUGCAAAGGCAUAUCCAAGUUGAUGGGAAAGUGAGGACUGACAAGACUUACCCUGCUGGUUUCAUGGAUGUUGUGUCUAUCCCAAAGACAAACGAGAACUUCCGUCUUCUCUAUGAUACCAAGGGACGUUUCCGCCUCCACUCCAUUAAGGAUGAGGAAGCAAAGUUCAAGCUUUGCAAGGUCCGCUCUAUCCAGUUUGGUCAGAAGGGCAUUCCCUACCUGAAUACUUAUGAUGGUCGCACCAUCCGUUACCCUGACCCGCUCAUCAAGCCUAAUGACACCAUCAAACUUGACCUUGAGGCCAACAAGAUUGUGGAGUUCAUCAAAUUCGAUGUUGGUAAUGUUGUGAUGGUUACAGGGGGUAGAAACAGAGGGCGUGUUGGUGUGAUCAAAAACCGUGAGAAGCAUAAGGGAAGCUUUGAGACAAUCCACAUCCAAGACUCAACUGGACAUGAGUUUGCAACAAGGUUGGGGAAUGUGUUUACCCUUGGCAAAGGAACAAAGCCGUGGGUGUCUCUCCCUAAGGGUAAAGGUAUUAAGCUGACUAUCAUUGAGGAGGCCAGGAAGAGGCUCGCUGGUCAGCAGGCUGCUUAAUUUUGUGAUUUCCAGUUCCUUAUUAUGCUUCUUUAGACGUCUCAUAUUUCCCUAGACUCACUUUGUUUCUUUUGUUACUCUGCUCAGUUUUGAAACUUAUGUUAUAUUAUUUAUUUCAAGAGUUGAAAAAAAUUUCAAAGUUAUUGUGUC